GGAAGAGAAGGCCGGCAGGCGCCUAGCACCCACUGACUGCCGGACCUAAGUCAAGAGACACAGAGUCACAAUCCCAGAGCCAGUUUUCUCAGUCCCCAAUGACCACCUUCCCCCCGCUUCCCGUGACUCAUACGAGGCUUGCAGUCUUAGCCCGGCAGAAGCUGCCAUGCUCUACGGGACCAAUCCCAAGGGCUCAGCUGAUCAAAGAGAAGGAUGACAUAGAUCAUUACGUGGAACAGAAUAUCAAAGGCCUGUCGAAGGAGGAGGUCGCUGCCUACAGGAACUCCUACAGGAAGAGCGUCUGUGUGGACAUGCUGCGCGAUGGCUACCACAAGUCCUUCACCGAGCUCUUCGAGCUGAUGGAGCAGUGGGACAGCCUGCGGCGUGCUUCCGAGCGGCAGUCCCUCUUCUGGCUGCAGAAACCGCUGGAGGAACAGCCGGACAAGUUGGACAAUUUCUACCACUACCUGACCAGGGCGGAGGCCGCGGAGAGGAAAGGGUACUAUGAAGAAGUAUAUAACAACUUGUAUGCUCUGGCCUGUUACUUCGACAACCCUGAAGACAAGUGGGUGCGGAAUCACUUCUACGAGCGCUGUUUUAACAUCGCUCAGCUGAUCAAAGUCGACGGCGGCAAGAAAGAAGCCGAGGCGCAGGCGCACAUGGGCCUUCUUUUCGAGGAAGAGGGUGAUCUUCUGGAAGCUGCCCAGCAUUAUGAAGCGUUCCACGAAUUGACACAGGGCCGGAUAUGGAAGGACGAGACGGGUCACUAUCUCAACCUGCUGGCCUGUGAAAGUCUCCUGAGGACCUACAGACUGCUCGCUGACAGAAUGCUGGAAAACAAAGAAUACAAACAGGCCAUCAAAAUUCUAAUAAAAGCUUCCGAAAUAGCCAAAGAAGGAAGUGACAAAAGCAUGGAAGGAGAAGCCUCUUAUUACUUGGGCUUAGCCCACUUGGCCGCUGGAGAACACGAAACCGCACUCACAGUGCUACAUAGGUACUGCGAGAUCGCCACCAGCAUGGAUGAUGAUCUCAGCCUGGGGAGAGCCUACGAGGCCAUCGCCAAGGUCCUGCAGAGCCAAGGAGAGAUGACAGAAGCAAUUAAAUAUCUGGAAAAGGUUGUGAAAAUUGCAAGAAACAACUUCCAAAGCCUCGAUGUGAUACGAGCGUGCACGAUGCUUGGUGACAUCUACAAUGAAAAAGGGAAGUACAGCAAGGCUACCGAGUACUUCCAACAAGCUUUCAGCGUCACGGUGGAGCUCAUGACAACAGCCCUGAUGGAUGAGACCAAAGUCCACUACGGGAUAGCGAGAGCUCACCAGAUGAUGCUGACCAUGAACGGCUACAUCGAAUCUGCAGAUAUGAACAGCCUCAGCUGCCUGCUGGCCUGGAAGGAGAGCAGGACCCACACCGAAUACGACCCGGUUCUGGGAGAGUCUAGAAGAGCCACAGAAGAUGACAUAUAUCAGUACCCGGAUAUGCUGGAAGAAACGAGAGGAUCUCCAGAUAAUCAAUAAAAUGAAACUAAAGUGGCUUCAUUGUCAAAGCAAGAAGAAACAUAGCGCA